AUGGUCCAAAAAGCUAUCCUUCUCUCCCUUCUGGCGUCGACGGCCCUCGGCGCCUUCCACAAACGGUACACGUUCCCUCUUCCUGAGUCCAAGGGAAGCGAGACGUUUGACAAGCCGUACGAGGUCGUGGAGGGCAAGACCUACGACGGAGGGAUGAAGACAUUCGGCCGUGGCGUCCAGUGUACCGGCCAGGUUGAGGGCGGUGAUAGUGAUGCUGUUUUCAUUAUCAAGGAGGGAGGCACUCUGAAGAACGCCAUUAUCGGAGCGGACCAGAUCGAGGGUGUGCACUGCGAGGGCGCAUGCACGGUUGAGAACGUCUGGUGGGAGGCUGUCUGCGAGGACGCCCUCUCCUUGAAAGAGGGAAAUGGUCCGUUCAGGAUCAUCGGUGGUGGUGCCCAAGGUGCCAAAGACAAGGUCAUUCAGCACAAUGCAAAAGGUGAAGUCACCAUCGACAGCUUCACCGUCUACGACUUCGGCAAGCUGUUCCGCUCGUGCGGAAACUGCAAAUCACAGAGCCAGCGCUCCGUCACCAUCUCGAAUGUGAAAGCCAUUUCCGGCAAGCUUCUUGCAGGCAUCAACGAGAACUACGGCGACAAGGCCACUAUUACCGAUACUUGUGCGACGGGUGUCAAGGAGAUUUGUGCCACUUAUAAAGGGAACUCGGAUGGCUCGGAGCCCGAUAAGUCUGGUUCUGGACCCAGUGAUGUUUGUGUUUAUACGGAGCCGUUGGCUGAGUGUUAG